AAGAAGCGGAAAAGAAAAGUGAGAUUGAUGGUUCGAAGACUUGUUGUUUGUUAUUCCGCAGGAUUCUAUCCCUUCCUGCUGUGAGCAAAAAUGGCGGGACUCAGUUUCAGCAUCCGGCCUUUUUCUCUAACCUCCAGCCCCACGACAGCGUCGAUUUUCCAUGGCAUGCGAUGCUGCUGCUCAAGAAUCCCGCCAGACGAUGCCGGCGCUAACAAGCACGGCACCGCCGGCGGAGAAACGCCGCAGCUUCUUAAAAUCGCAGUCAGCGGAGUCACUGAACUCCUCAGGAUUCUCUCUCCCUUCAGUAAGCGCAGUUUGGGUCAAGAGAGCUUCGAGCAGAUAGAUGAAAUCUCAGUUUCUGGCAUCGAUGACAUCGUGUCGAUCCUUGAAUCGGACUAUGAAAAGGCUUAUUUUGUUACCGGGAUCUUCACUUCUGGAAUUUAUGCUGAAGACUGUGUAUUUGAAGAUCCGACUAUUAGAUUCCGAGGUAGGGAUCUGUACCAGCGCAACUUGAAAUUGCUCGUUCCUUUCUUUGACCAACCAUCAAUUGAACUAACAAAUAUUGAGAAGGGAGAAGAUGCUGAAGAGAAAUUUAUUCUUGCUACUUGGAAAUUAAGGAGUUACUUAAGACUUCCCUGGAGGCCUCUCAUUUCAAUUGAUGGGAGAACAGUCUAUGAGCUCGAUAACAACUUCGAAAUUGUUAGACAUGCGGAGAGCUGGAACGUAUCGUCACUCCAAGCCAUCGGGCAGAUAUUUACUCCUAAUUUUGGAAGGUCUAAUUAUGAUUGAAGGGUGAUUGCAUGCAAAGGGUGGCUUAUCCUACCGGUGAAGUUGUAAGUGUAUAUAUAUUUGUCAUUAUAUGCACGUGAAUUCAUUUGAUACCUUCAAGUCACUUGAUUUGGUAGAAUGACUGUCAUCCGGUUUGCCACCCGCAUCCAUUUACCCGACUCCUAAUGUUCGACCAUAUAGUUUGCUUCCUGGUUUUCGUGUUGCCAAUUCUCUUGUUCAAUAGUGCUAGUAUGUGAUCACCUUAAUCAGUAUAAAACAGAGUCUGCACUAUAUUGGAAACCCUACAUACUAUCCAAACGAAUCAUUAGAUAGUAUAUUUAUUUAGAGAAAACAAGAUCUAUCAUAAGCACUUGUUCGAGUGAAUUUAUGGUUCACAAACCAUCAAAGAAUCCAAAUUCAAAACAUCAAAUGACAGACAAAAUGAAACACAAUUGACAUAGCAGCAGAAAAGUUUUUGAGAGAUCGCGAAAUGAAUAGAGAAACGAGCGCUUGAUCCGAAAAAUGAGGUGUUCUUCUUGACGUGAAAAUGCUGCAGCAUUAGGGAAUCAAUCAACAAAAUUAAAUACUUUAGGCUGAUUAAAGGAUGAACAUGGAAGGCCUUCAUUCCCUAGGCACGUUGGUUAUUAGUGACUGUGAGAGCCUAACAUCCAUUCCGGUAGGCAGUUUAAGCCCUCGCAUCUGGAAGACCUUAGAAUUGUUAAAUGUAGUGAGGUAUUGACCGUACCAGAUGGAUUCCAAGACCUUACUGUCCUCAAAUCUGACAAUUGAUGAUUGUUGUGAGUUGAGUGGACGGUGUCAACCGGAUGGGCCAGACUAGGCCUAGAUUACUCACCGAAGAUCGAAAUUGAUGGGAAACGGAUCAUUGCCAAUUGAAUCGAAGGUAAGCCGAUAUCGACCCCAUGUGUUUUCUCAUGUCCAUGCUUUCUUUUUGGUAACUCGAAACCUUCUUGGAAUCUGAUCAGGGUAUGGUUCCGUUCAUAUCACCCCUUCUCCUUCAAGUGAGUUACAUCAAUGGUUUUUGAUCUUGCUCCGAUAACGCUCUUCCAUAUUGUCGUUGGAUCGCAGAAGCAGUUUCAUUGUCAUCAUAUGAAUGUGAUUUUAUCAAUCGAAACUCUCGUUACCUACUCCAGUUUAAUUUGCCUUAUUAAGAGAACUGGUGCGAACUAUAUGUGUGCUUUUACUUGGAUAUCAGCUUGUAGUAGUUUAUAUCUGCAAUGCAGUUAGUUUGUAUGUCUAUUGUGUCGUUGCUA